AUGGCUCCCUCUGCCAUUUCGGACAACGCCCGUUCGAGGACGGCGGACAUGGCAACGACCGCCCAGCCAAGCAGCAGUUCAGAACAGACGGCGACGGCGGCGGCGGCGGCGGCAGCGGUGGCGGGCGGCAACUUUGUCGGCUACGACCACGUAACAUGGUGGGUGGGCAACGCCAAGCAGGCGGCCUCGUACUACACGACGCUCUUCGGCUUCGAGCACGUCGCCUACCGCGGCCUGGAGACGGGGAGUCGGUACUUCGCCUCGUACGUCGUCGCCAACGGCGACGUGCGCUUCGUCCUGACUUGCCCGCUGCGGUCGGCCGAGCACCUCCCUGCCGACGAGCCCAUCAGCCCGGAGGAGAGGUCCGUCCUGGCCGAGAUGUACGCGCACCUGGAGAAGCACGGCGAUGCGGUCAGGGACGUGGCCUUUGAGGUGGACGACGUCGCGGGCGUGUACGACCGCGCCGUCGCGUCGGGCGCCAGGUCGGUCCAGCCGCCCCAGACGCUGCGCGACGACGGGGGCAGCGUGACGACGGCCGUCAUCCGCACGUACGGCGAGACCACGCACACCCUCAUCGAUCGACGCGGCGGUGGCACGCCGUAUACGGCGUAUACGGGACCCUUCAUGCCGGGGUUCCGGGGACCCAGAGCCUCUGGUAGGACCAAGACGUCCGGCGGUCUCGGCAGCCUGCCCCCCGUCCCCCUCGGCCGCAUAGACCACUGCGUGGGUAACCAGUCGUGGGACGAGAUGGCGUCGGCCUGCGCCUUCUACGAGCGCUGCCUCUCCUUCCACCGCUUCUGGUCCGUCGACGACUCCCAGAUCUGCACCGACUUCUCGGCCCUGAGCUCCAUCGUCAUGGCCUCACCCAACAACCUGGUCAAGAUGCCCAUCAACGAGCCCGCCCCGGGGAAGAAGAAGUCCCAGAUAGAGGAGUACGUCGUCUUCAACUCCGGCCCGGGCGUCCAGCACAUCGCCCUCCUCACGGACGACAUCGUCGGCUCCGUCCAGGCCCUCGCCGCCAGGGGCGUCGACUUCAUCGCCGUGCCCCCCACCUACUACUCCACCAUGCGCCAGAGGCUCAAGACCGAGAGGCGCGGCUGGCGCCUCGCGGAGGACUUCGCCACCCUCGAGCGUCUGAGCAUCCUGAUCGACUACGACGAGGCCGGCUACCUCCUCCAGAUCUUCACCAAGCCCCUCGUCGACCGCCCAACCGUCUUCAUCGAGAUCAUCCAGCGCAACCGCUUCGAGGGCUUCGGCGCCGGCAACUUCAAGAGCCUGUUCGAGGCUAUCGAGCGUGAGCAGGCUGAGCGUGGGAACCUUUGA